ACUUAAGAAAAAAAAAAAAGGAAGUCAAUUCAUGAAUAAAUAUCGGAGCGCAACAGUGCAACAAAAUAUUCUGUACUUAAAGGCAAUAGGCAGACAGAUGUUGACAAAGAGGGCUCUCCUAAAAGCAUGGUCGGAUAGAUUUUUGCUAACUGCACAUAUAAAUACGAGCAGAAGGCCAGUCGGUCACCUCUGUAACCACCACCAGCAGCAGCAGAAGAAGCCGCAGCUUCAGACGCAGCUAGAGGGACCUCAGAGCAGAGAACGCGCUGUCGACUCGCAGCUGCUUGACCAGGCGGCUCCCACAGAGGCCGGCUGCGGUGCCGGUCUUCUCUUUUUCUUUCCUCCCCUUCUUUUUUGACUUUCUUUCUUUUCCUUAAUCACCUCCUUCUUUUUCUAGGUGGACUUACGGCCACUUUCCCCAUCCCCCCCCUCGCCCCCCAGCUCGUCGCUUCCUCUUUUCGUCCUUCUCCGUCCCUCUGCUCGCCCCCUUUUCUGGGUGUCACGCUCCCUUUUAGUUCUGUGCGUCUACAAACUUUUGAACAGACGCUAUCCUCAGCAAACAAGUCCUCCAGCUCCUCCUGCUGCUCCUGCUUGAUCCUGCGGCUUCUCCUCAGACACGGACGCCAGACGGGGAUGAUUCUCGGGUUGUGACUCCGGUGCAGAAACUUGAAGAAGCCCUUUGCCCGCCGUCCUACUUGGCAGCAUAUCCUCUCCCAGCAGCGAAUGACCAUGUGUAACGGAGCGAGGCUGGCCCUGCUGGUCUAUGGGAUAAUAAUGCACAGCAGCGUCUACUGCUCACCUGCUGCCGCUGGACUCCGGUUCCCGGGGAUCAGGCCUGAGGACGAGGCGUACGACGAGGACGGAAACCCGCUGCAAGACUUCUACGACUCGGACCCGCCGGGCGCAGAGAGCCCCGCCUCCGCGCUGCAAGACGCCUACGCGCUCUACUACCCCGAGGACAGGAGAGAUAUCGCCCACGGACUCCUUAACAAGGCCUACCACAAAGUGCUGGACCAGCUGUCGGCCAGGAAGUACCUGCAGUCGCUCGUGGCCCAGGGCGCAGGUGGGAACUUAGGCGGCGGCGCGGAGGACGACUCGGAGCCCCUCUCCAAGCGCCACUCAGACGGAAUCUUCACCGACAGCUACAGCCGCUACCGGAAACAAAUGGCUGUCAAGAAAUACUUGGCGGCGGUCCUAGGGAAAAGGUAUAAACAAAGGGUUAAAAACAAAGGACGCCGGAUAGCGUAUUUGUAGCGAUGAGUUACCAGCCACCCUGUGUAUACAGCCCUGACACAAUGAAAAGUCGUUUUCCAAACUGACUGGUCCUCGCUCGUGUGUUCUAUCCAAACAUGUAUUUAUGUAUGAAGUAAAGCCAUUAAAUGAAUAUUUUGAUAAUAAUAAUUGUUUUUCUUUUUACAAAGCACUAGAGAAUGCACAAAUAUACUUUG